CAGGUCAAUGGGAAGGAUUUGUCCAAGGCCACGCACGAGCAGGCGGUGGAGGCUUUCAAAACAGCCAAGGAGCCCAUUGUGGUGCAGGUGCUGAGGAGGACCCCGCGCUCCAAGGCCUUCCCUCCUGCUCAUGACUCCCAGCUGGUGGAUGUGGGCACCCAGACAGACAUCACCUUCGAACACAUCAUGGCUCUGAGCAAGAUGGGCUCUCCCACCCCUCCCGUCUCCGUGCUGGACCCGUACCUCCUGCCUGAAGACCAUCCAUCAGUGCAUGAAUACUAUGAUCCAAAUGACUACAUGGGAGGAAUUCAUCAAGAAAUGGACCGGGAUGAGCUGGAAUUAGAGGAAGUCGAUUUACAUAGAGUGAACAGCCAGGACAAGCUUGGCCUCACUGUCUGUUACAGGACCGAUGAUGAAGAUGACAUGGGGAUUUAUGUGAGUGAGAUCGAUCCCAACAGCAUCGCUGCCAAGGACGGGCGGCUCCGGGAAGGGGAUCGCAUUAUUCAGAUCAACGGCAUAGAGGUGCAGAACCGAGAGGAAGCUGUGGCACUUCUGAGCAGUGAGGAGAGCAAGAAUAUCUCCUUGCUUGUGGCAAGACCAGAAAUUCAGCUGGAUGAAGGAUGGAUGGAUGAUGACAGAAAUGAUUUUCUGGAUGACUUGCACAUGGACAUGUUAGAGGAACAGCACCACCAGGCAAUGCAAUUUACUGCCAGCAUGCUUCAGCAGAAGAAGCAUGAGGAGGACGGAGGUACCACGGACACAGCCACUAUUUUAUCCAACCAGCACGAGAAGGACAGCGGCGUGGGGCGCACGGACGACAGCACCCGCAACGACGAGAGCUCCGAGCAGGAGAACAACGGGGACGAUCACACCACGUCCUCCAACACCCUGGGCAGCCAGAAGAAGCUGACGUACAGCCACGACACCCUGGGGAGCGGCGAUAUGCAGUUCAGCAACGAGUCGUUUAUCUCGGCCGACUGCACAGACGUCGACUUCCUCGGCAUCCCCGUGGACGAGUGCGAGCGGUUCCGCGAGCUGCUGGAGCUGAAGUGCCAGGUGAAGUCUGCCAACCCUUACAGCCUCUACUACCACAACAGCACCCUGGACAUGAGCAAAAGCGACCAGGAGAGCGUGGACAGGGAGCUGGAGAUGCUGAACGAGGAGCUGCGCAACAUCGAGCUGGAGUGCCUGAACAUCGUGAGGGCUCACAAGAUGCAGCAGCUGAAGGAUCAGUACCGGGAGCCCUGGAUGCUGCACAACAGCGGCUUCCGCAACUACAACACGAGCAUCGACGUGCGCAGGCACGAGCUCUCGGACAUCACGGAGCUCCCGGAGAAGUCUGACAAGGACAGCUCGAGCGCCUACAACACCGGGGAGAGCUGCCGGAGCACACCCCUCACGCUGGAGAUCUCCCCCGACAAUUCCCUGCGCAGAACUGCGGAAGGCGUUAACUGUCAAGGUAACGAGGGGGCAGCGGCACAUAAUGCCUCCCAAAAGAAUUUGUUUGCCGGCUCGGAAAGCCACGAAUCCAGCGCUGGUAAAUGCCACGCCUCUGCUAAAGAUCCCGACCUCGGCAAGCAGCUGGAGAGCAAGGAGAGAAAAGCCAGUGAUGGAAGCAAAAGCCCUACACACGGUCAGAAGCCUUCUGGCUCCUACACGUCCCCGUAUCACCACUCUCCGUAUAAACACGCUCAUAUCCCUGCCCACGCCCAGCACUAUCAGAGCUACAUGCAGCUGAUCCAGCAGAAAUCCGCCGUGGAGUAUGCCCAGAGCCAGAUGAGCCUGGUGAGUAUGUGCAAAGACUUCAGCUCGGGCCAGAGCGAGCCGAGGAUGGAGUGGAAAGUCAAGGUCAGGAGCGACGGGACCCGGUACAUCACCAAGAGGCCGGUCAGGGACAGGCUGCUGAGGGAACGCGCCAUAAAGAUCAAGGAGGAGCGCAGUGGGAUGACCACUGAUGAUGAUGCCAUAAGUGAGAUGAAGAUGGGCCGUUACUGGAGCAAGGAAGAGCGGAAGCAGCAUUUGGUGAAGGCGAAGGAGCAGAGGAGGAGGCGUGAGUUUAUGAUGCAGAGCAGGUUAGAGUGCUUAAAGGAGCAGCAAGGUGCGGAAGAAAAGAAAGAGAUGAACAUCAUUGAACUGAGCCACAAAAAAAUGAUGAAGAAGAGGAAUAAAAAAAUAUUUGACAAUUGGAUGACAAUCCAAGAACUGCUAACCCACGGAACAAAGUCACCGGACGGCACACGGGUGUACAAUUCCUUCCUGUCAGUGACUACUGUAUAAUCACCAGUGCUAAAUUAUGUACAUAAAACACUACCAUUGGGGUAGGAAUCAAUGCCUCGUUCAAUGUGGCAAGAUUUUUGUAUAUAAGAUACAGUCACCAGUUUAUAGUUCAAAUACUGAACUCUGCAACUGUGGGUGCCAGGAUCUCCAUUAUAAAGUGGAGAGGAAGCUUGCCCAUCUCCUUCAAAGGCAAUAUUAGCAGUGCUUUUUGGAAUACUGAUUGUACUUUUUUACUUGUUACCUUUUACAUGAAGUGUUUAAAUAUCAGAAAUGUAUUAACCAUACUUACACAGGUAAUUUGCUUAAACUAUAUUCAUAUUAAAAGGUACCCGUGCUUCUCUUAACCUAAAAAAAAUGCAAGAAACCCACAAGAGCAACUGCACUUAUGUAUUUUUUUUUGAAACCAUAUUUUGUGAUAUUAUUUUGCUGUUGUUCACUUCUACACAGUGUUGUUUAUCAAUACUUAGCUCAAGGUUUAAACUCAGAGUCAUUCUGUUGUAAUAUUUAACAUUUAUCAAACAGCAGUUUUUAGAGUUAUGCUCAACAUUUAAACAUUUUUCUUUUUAAGGUUUCUGAAGAAAGUAUAUAGGUUUCAUCUGAAAAGCCUGAGGCAAAGUACACUAUACUGCAGCUUUAAAGGAUUUUAAAGCAUGUUUGCAAAUGUUGCAACCUAUUGAAGAAACGUGCAUGUACAGCUAAUUUGUUUAUAUACGACAGUUUGUGGAAUUUGAAAAGCCCAUGGUAGUAACUGUUUGCUUUAUAGAUUUGAAUGUAUUGAAUUAUAAAAGCAGUUUCAUGAAAUCAUCAUUAGCUACAAACGUUAACAAGUAAAAUGAAGUAAAAUAAAUUAUUGUUUUAUAUUUCAAACUACUUUAAAUUCUUUUUGUUCCCUUCUGGUUUCACCACCAAGAAUAUUCUUUCUCAGCGUAGCUCCCAUGCUGCAGAAAUGCCUGGACACCCAGUAGAACCAAACCUGAGGGAAUAAUCAGCAUCCUGACUUUGGGGGGAGUUUGGAUUAAGGUUUUCUUGAGGGAAGGAGAGAUGGAGGGAAGAGGCAAGGAAGAAGUGCAAGGACCGCCAAGAGCAGAACCAAGCAAUGCUUAUCUUCAACUCACAAGGUAUUUAAGAUGAACUGUAAGAAAGAAAUAGGACUUCUACUCUCCUGAUUUGCUGUGGUUUGUGGUUGGUUAGCAGUAUAUAAGACCCACCUACAGACUUUGGUGUGGGUGUACAUUAAAAACAGACAGUACAUAAUUUAAAGCAUAUAUAAGUUAUAGCAAAUAAAUAUAUGAAUUAAAAGAGAUGGUGAAAAAAGACAAAGUGGUGUCAAAGAGGUAUCACACUUCUUUUUUUCUUUUUCUGAUUAAGAAUUCAGAUAUAAAUUGGAAUGUCAUGCUGGAUCAGGUGAUGUACACUCAUGAAUAGCUUCAAGAUUCCCCAUCCCCUUUUCCCUUGAAAACUUGCUUCGAAAGCCUUCUAAGUUUUUGUUCUGGACUCUUCUGUCAUAACUAUACAAAACAAAAAUUAAAAUCUUGCUGAUAGAAGUAAAAAGUUAGAAGGGGAGAGAUUAACAGCUUCUUGGUGCCUGUUCUGUCUGUCGCCAACAAGGAAACAACAGAUUUGUUCGGGGGUUUUUCCCCUCCCUCUGUGGGCUAGCACUGAAUUGCCAUUGAAUGUGUGUCUGCCAUACUCCACAGUAAACUUCUACAUACCCGAAAAUGCACUUUCAGCCCACGUAAUCUGGCACUCAUGUCAAUAAGCCUCUGCAAAUUUAUCUUCAAACUCUUUUAUUUUCCUCUGGGAUAAAGUGCUAGUCCUACUGUAGCCUGUGAAAGAUUUUUGUAUUGACUUUGUUCGAGCCGGGAUUUCACCUGACGUACACCAGCCAUUAUCAUCACAAGUGGUACAGUGGGAAGAAUACAGGAUUUGCACACACACUGCUUUCAGUGUAAGACAUUUUCUAUCUCAAAUCUGCUUUUCUCUGAGUUCGUGUUCUGUUCAUCCCAACUGCAGGCAUGAGAGUCAUAGCAAAAUACUAAAGCACACAGACUCAGCAGCACAGGCAGAGCUCUGAUUAGUGUGGAAUAAAAAUUCUUAAAGCAGGCAUGAAAGAACGGUUAAACCAUCUUUAGUCUAGAUAGGUUUAAAUACUAAAUCUACUCUAAAUACUGGAGUAAGAUUUGAAAUGUUCUAAUAAAUAAUUAUCAUCAAGGUGUUCCUCAUGAAAACAGUCUCCUUUGGAUUAACCUCACAGUUAAUGGCACCAGUUGCAUAAAUGCUGAGCAUUGUAUAAAUGUGUGUAACAGCAGAAACGUAUUUGGGAAUUCAAGUGUGAUGUGCAGAAGUUACACCAAAGCAUCAACAGUAUAAAAUUUACAUUCUUUAAGAUGUUGAAAUAAAAGUAUUGGCCAA